GUCUAUCUCCUCUUGCGCAAAUCGCCCAGCAUGUUGAUAUUAUCUCCUAAUUCUUGGCCUUUCUCCCAUUUUAUUGGAAGCAAUGGCGAUUUCAGUAGCAACGGCUGUAGUUCCCGGAAACGUAGCCGUAUCCUCUUCAUCAUCAGUACAUUCACAAAUAAAGUUUUGCCACUUGUCCUCCCUUCAAUUUCCAAAUGAGCUUCGUGCCUUAACAAUUCGAAACCGAAGGCUCUUAUCCAAACUCGGUCCGAGAACUCUUCCUCUGGUUGAGGCCAAGAAGCAGACAUUUUCUAGCUUUGAUGAUUUGUUGGAAAAUGCUGAUAAACCAGUAUUGGUUGAUUUUUAUGCCACUUGGUGUGGUCCUUGCCAGUUUAUGGUUCCUAUUCUAGAACAAGUCAGUGAUUCAAUGAGUGAUAAAAUCCAAAUAGUGAAAAUCGACACAGAGAAGUACCCUAUCAUUGCUGAAAAGUACAAAAUACAGGCAUUGCCAACUUUCAUUUUGUUUAAGGAUGGGAAACCAUGCGACCGCUUUGAAGGUGCAAUGGCUGCUGACCUGCUCAUUCAACGUAUUGAAGCUUCACUUUAAGUUAAGCAGUAGCUUCAGUGGUGAGCUCCCCCCGCAUCUGAUUUGAUAGGAUUUGACAUGAUUUCACAAUUGCCAAAGGCCAAAUAGAUGGAUUAUUACCAUUUCAUUUAAGUUGAUGCUGCUGUCUAAGAUUAUGUGGUAAGGAUUGUUGGUUUCUUCUCUAACACACAUCCUCUCUGUUGAUGUACCAAUCUAGUUAAGAAAUUGAAAUUCUUUAACAGUGUCAUACUAUUUGAGAUAGUAUUACAUAUAUUAUGAAAAGAAAUUGAUUUUCAGAGUCUCGAGAAAGUAUCUGGUUCUCAUUA